AUGAAUAAAGAAUUCAUCAUAUUAACAUUGUUGCUUGCCUUAGCAACAAGUCAAACUUACAGUAUAACAUCAUGCACAUGUGUACAGUUGUUAUCAGAAGCAGAUUGUAUAAAAAAUGUAUCACUUGGAUGUUCUUGGGAUAGCACUAAGAAAUCUUGUGCAGUUUCAACUACUCCUGUCACUCCAAUAGCGACUUAUGCAACAUAUUGUGAAAGCUUUGCAGAAGCAGAUUGUCCAAAAGCUAGACCUUGUACAGAUUGUGGUAAUUAUGCUGCCUGUGCCUGGGUUGAAGGAAAAUGCUCACAUUUCACAGGAUGCACAGCCUUUUCAAAAACACUUGAUUCUGAAUGUUAAGCAAUAAGUAAUAGAUGUAUUACAGAUGGAACUCAUUGUGUUGAACUUGAUGCUUGUAGUACAUACAAGAAAUAACUUCCUUGUGUCAAAAACGCAUCAGGAAGAUUGUGUUUUUGGGAUACAACAAAUAAUACUUGUGUAGAUGCUAAUGCCUGUGAUAGAUUACCAAUUACAUUUGUUACAGAUAAAGAAUGUAGAGAUGAGAUAUCAACUUGUACAACAAAGACUGGAGGUGGAUGUGUUGAUAGUGGAAAUAAUUGUAGUGAUUAAACAUUAGAAAUUUAAUGUGUUUGGAAUAAAUUAAGAUCAAUGGCAUGUUAUUGGGAUGGAGCAGCAUGUAAAGAUAGAAUUUGUGAUAAUGCACCAACAACAUUAACAACUGAUGAAACAUGUAAAACCUUUAGAACUGAUGGAACAUGUACAACUAAACCAAAUGGAGGUUGCAUUACUAGAACUACUUGUGCAGCUGCAACUAUCUAAGCUGCUUGUAUUAAGAAUAGUUCAGGUGGUGAUUGUUAUUGGACUGGAACUGCUUGUGUUGAUAAGAUAUGUACAAAUGCACCAACUACUAUGACAACUAAUUCAGCUUGUGCUGGAUUUGUAACAGGAUGUAUUACUAAAUCAGGUGGAGGUUGUGUAUCUAAUGGAGCUUGUUCUGCUGCAAAUGUCUAAGCUGCUUGUGUUAAAAACUCUACAGGAACUGAUUGUAUUUGGGAUACAACAUGUAAAGAAAAGACCUGUGCUAAUGCACCAACAACUAAUAAUACUCAUGACUUAUGUACAUCAUAUUUACCAACUUGUACUGUUAAAGCAGGAGGUGGAUGUUAACCUAGAAGUUGUACAAAUGCUCCAAUAACAUUAACAACUAAUGAUGCAUGUGAAGCAUAUUUACCAAAUAAUAAUUGUAUAACAAAGACAGGAGGUGGAUGUGUAACAAAUACAACAUGUUCAUUAAUUACUUUAGAAGCUGCUUGUAUCAAAAAUGUUUAUGGAGCUACUUGUUUCUGGGAUACUUCAAGUUCAGGUUGCAAAGAUAAGAUUUGUACAAAUGCACCAUCAACUACUAAUACUCAUGAUUUAUGUGUUGCCUUUUUAUCAAAUUGUACAGUAAAUUCAACCAAUUCUGGUUGUGUAGAGAAAACAUGUGAAAAUUCUUUGGUAUAAACUAUUUGUGAUAAAGAUUUGAAUAAUAAAGCUUGUAUUUGGAAAGGAAAAUGUUAUAAAAAAGAAUGUGUAUUAGCUUCAUCAACCAUAUAAAGUCAUUCAGAUUGUUAAACUUAUGAUUCUAGUUGUACUUUGAGUAAUACUGGUGCUGGAUGUGUUCCUAUUCCACUUAAAUGUGAAGCUAUUACUAUAGAAUCUGCUUGUAAUGUGAGAUUAUAAGUUACAAAUGGAGUUAGAUCAUACUAAGCAUGUGGUUGGAAUGGUUCGUAAUGUAUGGAUAAAGCUUGUUCAACUGCUCCUAGAUCAUCAUCAACAACUGAAGAAUGUAAUAAUUACAAAUCAGGUUGUGUUGCUAAUAAUCCCGUUAAUGGAUCAAUAUCAGGAUGUUAAGAUUUACCAACAACUUGUGCUGCUAGAAGAUCAAGUGAAAAUUGUUAAAUUUCAAGAAAUGGAUUACCAACAUGUUUAUGGAAUGCUGCUACAUCUGCAUGUGUUGAGAAAUCUUGUGCUACUGCUAGUAUUGUUGGAUUACUAGGAUCACUAGAAACAAUUAAUUUUGAUAAUUGUUAAAGUUAUAUAUCAAUAUGUACUGCAACUAAUGCUGAUGGAUAAUGUACUAACACUUCAAGACCAUGCAUUUCAAACAAUGACUCAAAUGCUUGUGUGGUCAAACCAUCAAGUUGUUCAGGCUUAAAUUCUUCUAAUUGUAAAAGAGGAUCAAAGGCAAAUGGUGAUUGUUAUUGGAAUGGUACUAAUUGUGUUGAUAGAAUUUGUACAAAUAUUUCAUUAAAUACUCAUAUUGGUUGUCAAGGUUAAUUAGAUACAUGCACAGUAAACAAUAAUGGAUCAGCUUGUUAAAAUUUAGCCACAGCUUGUACUUCUUAUGGAUCAGCUGAAAAUUGUAAAAUUAUAUUAAAUGGAAAAAGUUGCAUAUGGACUGGAUCAGCUUGUAGAAAUGCAACUUGUGCUGA